AUGGAAUUUUUUUAAAAACUUAUAGCAAUACCCAAAAAUGUGUUCUUGUCCCUUAAAUUAUUAAAAUAAAAGAAAAAACAGAUUUAAGUUACAGAACCUAUUAAAUUAAGUGAAGAUUGCAAAAUUGAAACAUUUGAGAUAAUAGAUUAAUAAAUAAUAAUCAAGAAAAAUUAAAUAGCUUAUAAAUAGAUUUAAACAGAUCUUAUAAAAUCAAAAACUAAACAAAAUUAUAAUAAUAAAUAGAAAAAUAAGAAAAAGAAUAAAAAAUCAUCAAAAAAAUUAAAAAAACAGGAAAAGUAUGGUGGAAAAUAAGACUACAUACUAAGUGAAACAUCAGAAAAAACUAAGCCAUCUUAAUAUUCUUAUUGUUAAAAUAACUUUUUGGAUUCAUUUGAAUUUAAUGCAAAAUAAAUUAACCUUCAAAAUGUGGGUUCUUUUUAUACCUCGAAAAGGAAAUCAUAAAAAUCAACUAAUCAACAUUUACUUAAUGAUUAUUUUAAUAAGAUAAAACUCCAAUUAGAUGAAAAAGAAAUUCUAAUCAUGAAGUAAUAGAAGUGA